AGCCAGGGUCUUGUCUACAAGCACAAAACCAACAUGACAGAAUACAAACUGGUGGUGGUUGGAGCUGGUGGCGUAGGGAAAAGUGCCCUGACAAUACAGCUAAUUCAGAACCAUUUUGUAGAUGAAUAUGAUCCCACAAUAGAAGAUUCCUACAGAAAACAAGUAGUAAUUGAUGGGGAAACCUGUCUUUUAGAUAUUCUGGACACAGCAGGUCAAGAGGAGUACAGCGCUAUGAGAGAUCAGUACAUGAGGACAGGCGAGGGCUUCCUGUGUGUUUUUGCCAUCAAUAAUACUAAAUCAUUCGAAGAUAUUCAUCAUUAUAGAGAACAGAUAAAAAGGGUAAAAGACUCUGAUGACGUGCCAAUGGUCCUCGUGGGAAAUAAAUGUGAUUUGCCUUCAAGAACAGUAGACACAAGACAAGCACAGGAACUAGCGAGAAGUUACGGAAUUCCAUUCAUUGAAACGUCAGCGAAAACAAGACAAAGAGUGGAGGAUGCAUUUUAUACACUGGUACGUGAGAUUCGCCAAUACAGGUUGAGAAAGCUCAACACUGAAGAAAAGACAACCAGAUGCGUGGUGUUUAAAUGUGUUGUGAUGGGCGUUGACGACGCUUUCUACACACUAGUCCGCGAAAUCCGAAAGCACAAAGAGAAAAUGAGUAAAGACGGCAAAAAGAAGAAAAAUAAAACCAAGAAAAAGUGUUCGAUUAUGUGAAUAGAAUUUACUGUGGCUCAACUGAAAAAGUAAUACCUGAUUAUUUUUUGUAUUUUUUGUACAUUACACUAAAUUAUUAGGCUUUCUUUUGAUCAGUACUCUUAUCGAAUCUUGCUCAACAGACUGAUUGAUGCCUGUUAAAUGAUGGCGUGGUUUAAAAAUGAUAGGCUGUGCUAUAUUCCCAUCAAAUUCCAUUAUUCCUGGGUGUCAUCAUUCAUUUUGUCAAAAUUGGCAAAACCGGAUCAGUUUGAACAUCGUAAUCCUUUGGGGCUUUGUGCAUGUAUCUAUGCCUUUCUAAAACACAUUUGUCUUUAUUUAUCACGGUGAUAUUUACCAUUCAAGAGUGCCAAUAGCUCGAUAGAUUUCCCUUCUCAAGCAUAAUGUUUACCUGGAAUAUAUUUUAACUGCCUUUCUAUGGUUGUAAAACUUCAGAAUUGCACAUUUUAUAUACAGAUCUGUGCUUUGUUUUGUUAUCAAUGAUAAUUGAUCUUAUUUCUCGGAGUCCCUUUUAGUUGCCUUGACCUCAAAAUGUUUGUUGAUGCUCUGUGAAACUGAAAACUGACCAGUCUCAGACUUUGUAGCGUUUAUAAUGAUAUGGUUUGUCUGAUAUUUGUCACUGGCUUUGACACUGUACUGUUCGUAUUGAGCAGAUAAUAAAAUAAACCAUGCCUGCAAUGAC